CUGCCAGCCAUAGUCAGACAUGCUAGCGCGAGCUGUCAAAAUAAGAUCCAGAGCGUACAGGCGCUGCAGCCAAGACUGGAGGUAGUGCUGAUGAGGAGAUACUAGCUGGAAUGCCGCUGUGUUGCGCUUCAGCCCUUGCUUGCAUGGCUCCCAAUUCCCUACAGCUGACAGUAGACUUGUGGUAGUAGGGUCCCUAAACGAAAACGGAUACGCGUUUCUGAAGGAGACUUGUGUCCCAGCUAAUAAUACAUCUGAAACUGAGAUGAGCCUCUACUGGGAUAUGCAAGAUGUCUUUUAAGAAGGAAACCCCGCUUGCCAAUGCUGUAUUUUGGGCUGCAAGGAAAGGGAACUUGGCUGUCCUGCAACUGCUGUUAAACAGCGGCCGUGUGGAUGUAGACUGCAAAGACAGUCUUGCUACUACAGCACUUAUGGUAGCAUCCUACUGUGGCCAGUGUGAUUGUAUCCGAGAGCUGAUCAUGCAAGGGGCAGACAUCAACCUUCAGAGAGAGGCUUCUCUCCAGACAGGCGCCACUGCUUUGUUUUUCGCUGCACAGCAAGGGAACAAUGACAUUGUGAAGCUUCUUUUUGAGUUUGGAGCAUCAACCGAAUUCCAAACCAAAGAUGGGGGUACUGCGCUCUCAGCAGCCUGUCAGUAUGGACACUCGAAAGUGGUGGAAACCCUGCUGAAGAAUGGCUCUAAUGUUCAUGACCAGCUACAUGAUAGUGCAACUGCUCUAUUCCUUGCUGCGCAAGAAGGUCAUGUGACUGUAAUUCGUCAGCUUAUGUCAUCAGGUGCCAGGGUAAACCAGCCAAGGGAGGAUGGGACUACUCCAUUAUGGAUUGCUGCCCAGAUGGGACACAGUGAAGUUGUGAGGGUUCUCUUACUCCGUGGUGCUGACCGAGAUGCUGACAGAAAAGAUGGCUCCACACCUUUGUUUAAAGCUGCAUACAAAGGACACACGGAUGUUAUAGAGGAGCUGCUCAAAUUCUCUCCAUCGCUUAGCCUUCUAAAGAAUGGGUCCACAGUUCUCCAUGCUGCAGUAAUGGGAGGAAAUGUAAGAUCAGUGGUACUGCUGCUAGGAGCUGGUGCUGACCCUACACUAAGAAAUAAGAAUAAUGAACUACCAGCAGAUCUUACAAAAAAUCAACGGAUUCUUAGAGUUUUAUGGACUAAAGACACAAAUAGAAACAGCUGAAGAUCCCAAUGCAGAGUCUUCUUCAAUGGGCUCUGUAAUCCAUGAAAAGCACUGGCUGUCUUUUUAGAAGUCACUAGAAACCAAAAGAUGGCUUUUUCAGGCGGCAACAACACAAAGAAGAUUCUGGAGCUUGCUAUGAAUAAAAAAGAACUUUGUUUGCAAAACACUAAUAGCCAUAAGGAUAACAAAAAUCCGGAAAGUAACAAACAUGCUAGGGUCUGUUCAGUGUAUCUAAACAAUAGUAUAUCUAAAUACCCUUUAUAAAAGUUUCACUGUUAUAGCUUGGUCUGUCAAAGUCCCCUUCUUUUAAUGAUUGAAACAAUGGCGAUAUUUAGAUUCACCACCAUUUAGAUCAAUGAAAUAGACCUCACAUUGUGUGAUAUGCAGCAAAAUCAGCUUUCCAAAAGUUAGGAGUCGUUUGUUCUCUUUAUUUGAGGAGCGAUCAUAAUUAAUUAUGCUGCAAUUUUUUUUUUUUUUUAAUAACCUCCUUUUUCCCGGUGCUGUACAUUUCUAAAUCUUUUAGAAAUUCUUGCUGCAUUUAUAAUUAACGUGUGUCUGUUUGCUAAGUAAAACACUGAACAUAACCCAAGAUUUCUGAAACGGCUGUGCUUUGAAAAGGAAAAUUACAUAACAUAUGCAAAGGAUGACGACACCUCUGUGCUUGCUAUAUAAUCUUUUUUUUAUGAUUGUAACUGUGGCAUUAUAUUAAUAACACAUUUGUCUUAAAGUGUUUUUUGUUUUUACUAACAUUUUUGUUGUUGUUAUGGGAAUGGCCAACAAUAUUAUUAUUCAUUAUAUUUAUAUAUGGCUGACUUACGAAGAUGUUAAUUUUAGUUGAUAACUUUACUCACUGUGAUGCCCGCCUUGAGAAACAGUUUGUCCCAUCUUCAAUGAGGACAGUUAAGCUACAUUUAUUGACCCAUACAACCAUGAUUUAUUAAUAACUAUGGACAUAUUGAAUCAACUCACACCACUCAAAGGUAUCCUGCCAUAAAAGCUCAGUCACCUUGUAGGUGUUUACUGUUCCUUAAAAUGUUAUAUGCAAUACAAAAACUGCAUUUGGAAUACUUCUGUUUUGCUUGUAAUAGUGCUUACUGUAUGUCACAGUUUGCUUCCUUAUAAAGGGCACAGAAGUCUAAACUACAGUUGUUGUACUCAGCAGUAUUUCAUAUUGCGACUACAUAAAUUAUUGCAAUGUACUGUAUUAAACUACUGUAAAAUACAGUUACUACGGCAGUGCUGUUUGUACUCCAAUGAAUAUUUUACAGUAUUUGCUAUGGCUAAUACAGUUAAUAAAUAAACUGCUGUAAACUGUAGUAAAAACUGCACUGCUGCACUAAACGGGGAUGUAGUACUUUCAACCAGUAGUACAUAUGAAAACAGAAAGCAGUUUUUACUACAGUACACAGGUUUACAGCUGUGAAGUUGAAUAUUGUCAUAAACUAUAACUACUAUGCUGAUUUACUACAAGGUACUCCAUUUCAUUAACCAACAGUACUUACAAUACAGCACUCAUUUUUGCAGGAUUUUACAAUGCUACUGUAAAUGGCAACAUUGACUGCAAAAAAAUUGGUCUAGUGAAUAUUUUUGUUGUGUGCUUGUUUUUAAAUGUAAGAGAUUUUUCGAAUACACCUUUGCCGAGCUGUUGUUGGAGGACAGCUGUUUUGCACGCUUCAGUGAGGUGUGUGCUGUAAAGAGAGACUAAGCUAAACGCUGGGAGGUGUCCGGUUGUAGCUGUGUAAUUGGGGUAGAUGUAUCAAUAGUAGCUUUACACAGAAGAUAGGCCUCAUUGUACAAUACACACAGUGAUCCCAUUCAAAAACCCCACCCUGCACCUACAAUCCAGAACAGAAUUGCUGUCAUUUACAGUAUCACACCCCUUUACACCACGUUUCCCUGUUUAAAUCUUAAAGGGGAGCACUGCUGUUAAAUUAAUCCUGUCUCACAGUGUCUUUUUGUGGCUAUUUGUAUUCUAUUUUAUGUAAAGUCUCAAGUGGCCAGUACUGGACUAUAGCUGUGGAAUGUUAUUAUACUACAUAACUACCACAAACAUUGCAAAGAAAUGAUGCCAUAACGAAGUGAGACCAGUUAGGCGACCCAGUUUCAGGAAGUUUUUUUUUUUUUUUUUCUUGU